AAGCGAAAAUGGAUCGCAAAAUACCGUUGGAUUGGUAUAAUUUCUAUGGGAGGGAGAAAAUACUUUUUGGAAAAAUAUCCAAAAAUAGGAUAACCCAAACAGUCCAGGAUAACGAUGGGCGGCCGGGGGGUGUGACUACUUGAACGUAGCAUUUUAUAUUUCAUUCAAGUUGACCCAGAGUUCAACUUUAUUAUAAGCAUAGAACAGCUCGCUAUUUCUUCGACUCCUAAAUUGAAAACAUGGAUAAAUUAUGAUAACGUGCAAACGACCAGUGGUGAUUGCAGAACACUGAUAAGCCGAGCGGAUAAUUGCUUCUGAUUCUUAAAUCGACUAGAGAGAAAGUUAUAUUCACGAAACAAAUGAUGAUAAAUACUAAUGAGUUGUGUGGUACGCUUCAUCGGUGUUGACACAGGUGUCACGGGAUGUAUUGAAGUGGGUAAUUUCCAGUCUUAUGACGGGAUUAUAGGGAGCCAUCUUUUUACGAAAACUCUUCAACUCGAUAAAUUGUAAAUAAUUCCCACAAAGCCGCUUAUCACUAAGAUAAUUCAUCAUAAACAGGAAAGAUGGAAAAACAAAUUGCUUAUAAUAUUUCGAGGAAAAAAUUAAUUCACAUGACUCCGUGCAAUAAACGGGAAAUUGCGCACAGUAGCGCGUGUGUUAUUCCCGCUUUCCGCACGUCAUGUGAAAUGUGUAUUUUGUAAUGCAACAACUGGAUAUUCGGAACUUUUAUUGCUUAAUGACAUAAUAUAGACUAUUAGCCUACAUUGUGAUGAAAAAUAAUGUUCGAUACUUGUGAGAAGAGCAGCUUGUGGCUGGGGGAAAGGGUGGAAGGAAAACCUUGGGCUGUAAAAUUCGCGAGUAAUCCAAUGCGGAAAAUAUUGUUGUGGUACGCAAGUAUCAGAUGUGAAUUCAAACGAGAGUGAAUAACAGUCACCACACUACAUUUUUUUUCUAUUUCUGGUGUCUCAUCUUUUCCGCAAUGGAAAGACGAGUGCGUCGCCGCCUUUCGUCAUCAGUGACCAAUUCAACGCAAUUUCAUUGUCCCCAUGAGUAAUUCCCGGCUACACUGGACGGUUCAAUUUGCAGGAAUUUUAUAUCCAUUGAUUCCUAAUGAGAAGAAUUUAAACCUGUUCUUCCUAGAAUACAAACUCUAUCAUUUCCUCAUCUGUUAAAGAUUUUCGGGAAAUUCCCAGUUGUCCCAGUGUUUUUAAAUGUGAUAGAGGAAAUAUCUAGGAGCGCAUUCGAAUAAAGCCGAUAAUUCAUUCUUGAGAUCUGUCGCCGAAACGUUAAUUCGACAAAUUGAGAUGGAGGUUACAUUAUCGCGAAUGCCUCCGACGUGAUCGGUAGUCAAAUAUUGUCCCGAUGACAUGACAAAUUAUUACUGUCUCGGGAUCGUAAUUUGAUUUGUCUCUUCAAGGUGAAGCGAAGAAAAAAAAUGUGGGGUUAUUUCCACUCAUGGUUUGAUGAUGCGUCAUAGUUUAUCUGUGACAAGAUUAAUGAGCAAUUGUAAUGAUUCUAAAGUAUUCAGCUUCAAUACCUCCGGACAAUUUUUUGAAAGAAUUAAAAGCCUUAAAAAAAGAAAUUUCUAUAAAAGCUCUUCAAUUUCUUCGGGGUUCCUAAUUUCCCUGACGCAACUACGUGACGUCUACCGUAAUUGCUGUGACGCAAUCAUCACCACGCACCAAAUCAAUUAGAAAAAAAUCAGUGAUCCAUUGACGUUGAAUCGAUAUUAUCGAAUUAUUAUCGAUAUCAUGUUCUCGACGGUUCUAUCGGACUGUCCCGAUAAUAGGGAGAAUAAGUGUGCAGAUUACCCAGGGACUAGCCAGUUGCUUUCAGCGCUCGUCAUCGUCGAUUAAAGAUCCAACGAAUUUCAACAAAUAUAUAUAAUUUUGGGUUUAACCAGUAGAAAACGCGUGGUCACUGUGCAGCCGACUAUUUUCGAUGUUUCUCUUCGAUAUUGACAGUUCACAAAUGUCCCUCGAGGAGUCACGACGCUCACAAAGACCGUAUCGCUAUGGUAUGGUGUUAUUAUGCGUUGGUGCAUUGAUAAACUGGCUGGGACUUGCUGAAAAUUACGUUGAACCAGUUAGAUACGUCGGUGUUGCGUGUAUAGUUGCUGGUGCACUUUUAAUAUGCGCUGCAAUGUGUUGUUGGUUACAUGCACCACCAACUAGGACUAAUGUACAGUCACAACAUGGGGGGCAUCCACAUACAGUGCAGAUCGAUGAUCCCAUACACGUGAUAUCGAUGGACGAAUCGGCAGUUAGUGCGAGACAAAAACCACCGGACUACGAGGCCGUUGCUGACGCGCCACCGAGUUACGACGAUGCUAUCAAGUUAAAUCCAGGACAACUGAUACCAGCGGGGAACAGUGGUGUCAGUGGAACUCUCAACGGGGUAGCUAACGUUCCAGGAAAUGGUCUUGCCUCUGAUCAACCGACCGCACCCACACCACCACCGCCUUAUGCCAGGUGAGACCCACUGUCAGGCAGUUCUCAUGGGCUCCCACGAGUCCACCGAACACUGUCAAACAACUCUCGAUCGUACAAUUCAGUUCGUCCAACGAAUUCAAAUCGAUUAAGUCAAAUGGGUGUGACAAGAUCGACGAGAGCUGCUAGCCUAGUAAGUGGUUACCGUUCGUACGAGGUCAGACCAGCCAUAAAUGAGGCGACAAGACUGCGAGCCCAAAGUGUUCACGUACUUUACGCACACGUACCUUUCAACAUGAACAGAUGAGUUCAACUUCAUCGAGAACUUGAUGAUAAUCAAUCAAAAAAUGAAGAACGAAUGUGGCAAUUUUUGCAAUUAUUCAACGACCAAUCGUUUGACGAUCAUUUACUAUUUAUAAAUGAUGAUAAUUGUACGGUACCUGCCUCAAUGCAUUCCUGAUUUGUUAUCACAUUUCCGGAGAUGGGAGAAAAACAGUAAAAUUAAUGAAAAUGAAGCAUUUUAUGCAGCAGAAGAGUGCGUUAUGCGUGUUAUAGUGAUGAUGAAUCUAGUUCCGUCAUCCGUUGUGGAUGAUUUUUGUAUAAAAUAGCUUGUAAUGGUGUAGAUAGCGAGGGGAUGAGUGAGUAAUUGAGCGAAUGUGAUAGGUUUCAAGUUUAUCGAGCGAAAUGGGGUCGAGCAAUUUUCGAAUAUUUGACGAUUACGAAAAGAGAUUUAGGGGGAGGGGUCGGGAGAUGCUAGGGGAACAAAAAUAUCCUAUAGAACAGCUGAACAAAUUUCCGAUUUCUAGAGGUAGCCCUGAACAUUGCCCAUUAGCUUCUGAAACGAUUGUGAAAGAAAUUUUUGAGGGCACAAUCGAAAUCGAAAUCUGGAAUUACGAUACUAAAGGACUUCCUCGAUAGGGGAACGGAUCGGAAAUUUUCAUGAUUCUCCGGUGACACUGGAUUUAAUCCUCUGUGACCACUCCUUCCAGAGUGAUUGGCAGAAAAUAACAAAUUCUUAAUUGUGGAAGAUCGAGCAUUCAAUGAAACACUUGUUGUCUCGUUGACAUAUUUAUUUCCUUCGUUGAUUGUGAUUUUCAUCCAUAAAUGCUGCAAUUCUAAUUAGAAAUGUGAUGUUUAUGAAAAUCAUACGAGAAAAUUUGGUUUUAUACGUUCAGAAAUGAAUAAAUAAAUGAGAAAUACGCAAAAA